AUGCCUGCCAGACUACUAGAUAGCCCUCUGCCCAUAGACAGUGGGACAUCCCAGGGCCUUGUGAUGGGAGAUUCACUCAACAACAUAGAUAGAUGUGACACUGAAUCAUCAACAUCUGUGGUCAUAAGUGGGAUAUCAUGUCGCUUACCAGAAUCCAGAAACAUGGAGGAAUUUAAACAAAAUCUUUUGAAUGGGAUUGACAUGGUAACAGAAGAUGAGAGACGUUGGAAACCAGGGUUGUAUGGAUUACCCAAGAGAAAUGGAAAACUGGUAGAUUUGAGCAAGUUUGAUGCAUUGUUUUUUGGUGUCAGUCCUAAACAAGCAGAUGUAAUGGAUCCUCAGCUGAGGAUGUUACUUGAGGUCACAUAUGAAGCCAUUUGUGAUUCAGGUGUGGAUCCCGUCAGUGUACGAGGAACCAAGACAGGGGUAUUUAUAGGUGCCAGUGUAUCAGAAUUCCAUGACGCUGUGUCAUCAGACCCGGAGACAAUACAGGGCUACAGUAUGACAGGUUGUACUAGGUCCAUGUUUGCUAACAGACUGUCAUUCUUCUUUGAUUUCAAAGGCCCAAGCCACACAGUUGAUACAGCCUGCUCAUCCAGUCUUCUGGCUCUGGACCAAGCAUUACAAGCCAUCAGAACUGGCCAAUGUGAAGCUGCGAUCGUUGGAGGAUCCAGUCUUGUGUUGAAGCCAUUAACAUCAUUACAAUUUCAGAAGUUAGGCAUGCUUUCUCCUGAGGGAACCUGCAAAUCCUUUGAUGCUGAAGGCAAUGGUUACUGUAGAAGUGAGGGUAUAGUGGUAGUUUAUCUACAGAAGGAGAAGUCAGCCCUGCGCAUGUACAGUCGACUUAUUCAUUCUAAAACCAACUGUGACGGUGGUAAAGAUCAAGGUAUUACUUUCCCAUCAGGAGUAAUUCAGAAAUCCCUUAUACAGGCUGUAUACAGUGAAGCAUGUGUACCUCCCUCCACUGUAGCCUAUGUGGAGGCUCAUGGUACAGGCACCAAGGCAGGAGACCCCCAGGAACUCAACACUAUCACUGAUGUAUUUUGUAAUGGACGCAACACUCCACUCCCCAUUGGCUCAGUAAAAUCUAAUAUGGGGCAUGCAGAACCAGCUUCAGGCCUUGCCUCUGUUGCUAAAGUGAUAGCUAGUAUGGAAGAAGGUAUCCUCCCUGCCAACCUCCAUUACAAUUCACCAAACACAGACAUCCCAGGUUUGCAGGAUGGACGUUUACAAGUUGUCACCAACAACAAGCAGUGGAAUGGUGGUUUUGUUGGGGUAAACUCUUUUGGAUUUGGAGGCACUAAUGUCCAUGCCAUAUUAGAAUCUAAUACAAAAUCUGAAAACAACACAAGCAGUAGUAAUGAAUGUCCACGAGUGUUUGUGUAUUCUGCUCGCACAGAAGAUGGUGUGCGGUCAGUAAUGGAAAAAGCCAAGGAGCACAGUAACAAUAUGGAGUUUCACACACUGCUUAAUGAAACAGCAAAGAAUGGACGACACAAAUACAGAGGCUACUGUGUAGUCAACACAGACAAUAUUCUAGAAGAAAUCCAGUCAUGUGAUACUUCAGAACGUCCUGUUUGGUUUGUGUUUGAUGGUAUGGGUACACAAUGGCACGGAAUGGGUCGCCAAAUGAUGAAAAUGGAGUUGUUCAAAAACUCUAUCAUGAAGUCUGAUGCAGUGUUGCGUCCUUACGGCCUUUGUCUAUAUGAUCUCCUUAUGAAAGGAGAGGAAAGUGUGUUCGAAGAUACCCUGAAUUCCUUUGUGGCAAUCGCAGCUAUUCAGGUUGCCCUUGUAGAUCUCCUGUUCAAAAUUGGAAUAAAGCCUGAUGGUAUAUUGGGUCACUCUGUUGGAGAGUUGGGGUGUGGCUAUGCAGAUGGUUCUCUGACAGCUGAAGAAACAGUGCUAGCUGCAUAUUGGCGAGGACGAUGUAUCAAAGAAGCAAAACUGCCACCAGGAAGCAUGGCAGCUGUUGGUCUGAGCUGGGAGGAGUGUUUGAAACAGUGUCCGCCUGGAGUUGUUCCCGCCUGUCAUAAUGCUGUAGAUACAGUCACAGUGUCUGGACCCGCCGAAGCUGUCCAGCAAUUUGUUGAGGAGCUUAAAGCCAAACAGAUAUUUGCUAAGGAGGUGAAGACAGCUGGUGUUGCCUUCCAUUCCUAUUACAUGGCAGACAUUGCAAGCUCUCUGAAAUCAGCUCUAUCAAGGGUGAUUGUACCGAAGGAGCGAGGAAGCACAUGGAUUAGUUCAUCCAUUCCUGAAGACCGUUGGGGGACAGAAUUGGCCAAAUAUUCAUCAGCAGAGUAUCAUGUCAACAACCUGGUGAGUCCAGUGCUGUUUCAGGAGGCUUUGAGGCAUGUUCCUGAUAAUGCUGUUGUUAUCGAGGUCGCCCCACAUUGCCUGUUACAAGCUAUCCUAAAGAGGUCACUUGGGUCAAAGUGUAGCAUUCUUGGAUUGAUGAAAAGAGGACAUCCAAACAAUGCUGAACAUUUCUACUCUAUGUUAGGAAGGUGUUACCUACAGGGUCUCAACUUUAACCCUCUGAAGUUGUACCCAACAGUGUCGUUCCCAGUGUCACGAGGUACUCCGAUGAUUUCUCCUAUGAUACAGUGGGAUCACUCAUCCAGCUGGUAUGUACCUAAGGUAGAGGACUUUUCCUCAGGUGCUGGUGGUGGCAGGUCAGGAGCCAGCUUUGAUAUUGACAUUUCCCCUGAAUCACCUGAUAAUUACCUGGUUGGUCACAUGAUUGAGGGGCGUGUCCUAUUCCCUGCCACAGGAUACCUGGUGCUAGCGUGGAAGACUCUUGCCAAACAGAAGGGACAGAUGUAUGAAGAUAUGCCUGUCCUAUUUGAGGACAUCAAUAUUCACCAGGCUACCAUCUUACCAGAUAAUGGUAAAGUAAAACUUGAUGUAACCGUUAUGGAGACAACUGGUGAAUUUGAAAUAAGUGAAAAUGGAACAUUAACUGUAAGUGGCCGAGUGACUAUGCUGGAGGAGACCAAUCAAGUGAAAGAAAAUGCAUCACGUGACCUUAAAAUGGCAGGCCCUGUCCUUACCUCCUCAGAUGUCUACAAGGAACUUAGACUGAGAGGAUAUGACUAUGGACCUGAUUUUAGAGGAAUCUUACAAACAGACAUUUCUGGUACUGAGGGGCAGCUGCUGUGGACAGGUAACUGGGUUUCUUACCUAGACACCAUGUUACAGAUGUCUGUGCUGCAUAUGCCUGGUGGUGCACUACGCCUUCCCACACGUAUCCGAUCUCUGGCUAUAGAUCCUGUUGUACAGAAUAGCUCUGUAUAUCAGACACAAGAUGGCCACCAAGUGACAAGCAUUUGGAUGGAUGAAUGCACAAAUUCCUGUGUAGCAGGAGGUGUAGAAAUAGAUGGUCUUCAUGCGACGGUAGCCCAACGCCGUCAUCAGAGUCAGUCACCUCCAAUUUUAGAAGAGUUCAAGUUUGUUCCCUACACCAGGAGCAGACCUCUUAGUGAUGAAUUAGUGGAAUACAGCAGCGUUUGUAAUGCUUAUGUAUAUAAUGAACUUUCCAAGAUACUUGCCAAUGACAACUACCUGGACAGAGAAACAAUACAGGGGUUGUGUUCUCAGACUGGUUCCAAUAGAGACAUUUUGAGUCAGCUUCCUGUCUGGUUAUCAAAAUCAGGUGCUGAAAAUCUAACAAGACUACAGGAAGUCUUCAGCAUUCCGACUGACAACCAAUAUUCCAGGAAUUUAGAGAAUGUUUACAAUAGCUGGGACAGUUGCUAUUGUACAAAAGAUGUGAUGGUGGAGAAUUUGUCAGCAGCUUCAACACUGAAGCCCUGUUUAGACAUUGUGGUGGAGAAUGUGUUGUCAUCUGUAUUGAAGGUGGUGGAACUGACAGGUACAGGAAGACACCAUAUGUCAGAGGAUGUCCUGUCCCUUCUCUCUACUCAACCUGUAAUACAUGUUGACUACACAAUGUGCUCUAAGGCACUCGAGAAAAGUGAUGAACUACUAAACAGAAAGGACCAGGUUUCACAUGUUGAAUGGAAUGCAGAAACUUGUGCUCCUGAAAGCCUUAAGAAUACUCAUCUGGUGAUUGCCAGAAACUUCCUCCACAAACACACAAACAUACCAGAGACAAUAAAAAAUAUGUCUAAUCUCCUCAAAGAAAAUGGAUUCCUUAUGAUACAAGAAACAACACUGAAUUUUUUGCCAGCCUUUGCAAUGGAAUAUCUUGGCCAGCACCAUUCUGAAGUUCUAAGUAAAUCCCCACUACGUAAGUGUGUGUAUUACCUGGAUGAGAACCAAUGGGAAACUUUGUUUCGGGAGGAAGGCUUUGAAGUUGUGUUUAAAAGAACGGACAAUUUUCAAUCUACUUUGUUUUUGCUGAGAAAGUGUGCAGUGAACUUCGAAGAAACAAAAUCACAAGAAAUUCUAAAUCUUGAAGGAACAAGUUGUGAUUGGGUGGAGAAAUUGAAAACAAAGGUGUCAGAGUAUCAGGAACAGCCAAAGGGAAAUAACUUGUGGCUGACAGUGAAUGAUACAAGAUGUAGUGGAAUAUUGGGUCUGGUCAAUUGUCUGAGACAGGAACCUGGAGGGGAAAGAAUCAGGGGUAUAUUCAACAUGGAUUCCAAACCUGAAGACCUUGCCUGGCUGUUUAAUGGUUCAGAGUUUCAGAGCAUGGUCAAGAAAGACUUGGUGAUGAAUGUUUGGAAGGAUGGAAUGUGGGGGUCGUAUAGACAUAUACCAUCUAAAGGUGAGUCAGCAAAAUGUAAACCGUGUACAAGAGCCUUUGUGAAUGUGCUGACCCGAGGUGACCUGUCCAGUCUCAGCUGGGUAGAAUCACCCCCAGAUAGCAGUCAGUCUGGGACAUCCUGUUGCAGUGUCCACUAUUCUGCUUUGAACUUCCGUGAUGUCAUGUUAGCUACAGGAAAACUACCACCAGAUGCUCUACCUGGAGACCUUGCCACACAGGACUGUAUACUUGGCAUGGAAUUUUCUGGGAAGGACAAAGGAGGGCGAGUGAUGGGACUUCUACCGGCCAAGGGUUUGGCCACUAUGGUAGAUGUCAAUACAAAUUUUGUUUGGUCAGUCCCAGACCACUGGUCACUACAAGAGGCAGCCACUGUACCUGUUGUCUACACAACAGCCUUCUAUGCUUUAGUAGUGCGAGGUCGGAUCAGAUCAGGUGAUCGUGUGCUCAUUCACUCAGGAAGUGGAGGUGUUGGCCAGGCGGCCAUCAGCAUCGCACUUCAUUAUGGUUGUCAGGUGUUCACUACUGUGGGUACAGCAGAGAAAAGAGCCUACCUCAAGUCUAGGUUUCCUAAGUUACAAGACAGUCAUAUCUGUUAUUCACGUGACACAUCAUUUGAGAAAGCCAUACUCAGACUCACUCAAGGGAAAGGUGUUGAUGUGGUAUUGAACUCGCUUGCUGAGGAAAAGCUACAAGCAAGUGUUCGCCUUUUAGCCCAGCAUGGUCGCUUCCUGGAAAUCGGCAAAUUUGACUUAUCAAAAAAUAAUCCACUGGGCAUGGCGGUGUUUCUGAAGAAUAUCAGUUUCCAUGGCAUCUUGCUGGAUGCUCUAUUUGAGGAAGGUAAUCCAGAAUGGAGACUAGUGUCAGAACUUCUGAUCCAGGGAGUGAAUUCUGGGGCAGUACAGCCCCUCCCCUCCUCUGUGUUUGAGAGAGAUGACCUUGAGGGUGCCUUCAGGUACAUGGCCAAGGGUAAACACAUUGGCAAAGUACUCAUCCAGAUUCAGGAGGAAACUGACCAACAAUGUUCUGUAUCAGUGGAAGCAGUCCCAAGGUUUGCUUGCCAUGCUCACAAAUCCUACAUCAUCACUGGUGGACUUGGUGGUUUUGGAUUAGAAUUGGCUCAGUGGUUGAUUGACAGAGGUGCCAGACAUCUGAUCUUGACCUCUAGAUCAGGGGUCAAGACCGGAUAUCAGGCUAGGAAACUUCAAGUGUGGAAAAAGAAGGGAAUUCAGAUUGUUGUGUCGAAUGAAGAUGUAACUACAGAACACAGUGCACAGUCUCUCAUUAAAGAAUCUUGUAAUAUCAGAGAAGUUGGUGGAGUCUUCCAUUUAGCCAUGGUGCUCAAAGAUGGCUUUUUAGAAAACUUGAGCCAGAGAGAUUUUGAUGUUGUCUGCCAACCAAAAGUUAAGGGCACCUUGCAUUUAGAUAAGGUGACUAGAGACCACUGUAAGGAAAGCCUGGAUUGGUUUGUUGUGUUCUCAUCUGUCAGUUGUGGGCGGGGCAAUGCUGGGCAAACUAACUAUGGAUUUGCUAACUCAGUAAUGGAGAGGAUUUGUGAGCAGAGGACACGUGAUGGCUUUCCCGCCUUAGCAGUACAAUGGGGAGCCAUUGGAGAUGUAGGGGUGGUGUUGGAUACCAUGGGAACCAAUGACACUGUGAUUGGUGGUACCCUGCCACAACGCAUAGCCUCCUGUCUCUGUACACUGGACAACUUCCUCAACCAACCUCAUCCCGUCAUGUCCAGCUUUGUACUUGCUGAAAAAGUUAACCAGAGGUCGAAAGGUGAAAGUUCCAAGAAAAACUUGGUGGAUGCAAUUUGCAAUAUUCUAGGAGUAAAGGAUCGCAGUACUCUGGAUUCUAAUGCCAGCCUUGGUGACCUUGGUCUAGAUUCUCUGAUGGGAGUUGAGGUCAAGCAAACACUGGAACGAGAUUUUGACCUAACAUUACCCAUGCGUGAAAUUAGACAACUCAGUGUAUCUAAACUUCAGGUUAUAUCAGAUAACCUGGAAAGCCAGUCCACUGGGGACAAAAAGGCAGAACAGGCCUUCACUGAACAAAUCCUGGAAAGAUAUGACUUGGACCAGAUUAUGCCACAGGAGACCAUAGUGAGGUUGAAUGUAGGAGAUGAUAGUCAAUCUCCGCUAUUUAUAGUUCAUCCUUUAGAAGGAAGUGUGAAAUGUAUGAGGGAAUUAGCCUCCCAACUCAGCUGUCCUGUCUAUGGUCUUCAAUGCUCCAAGGAUGUCCCUCUUCAUAGUAUCCCUGACAUGGCUAGCUUCUACAUACAGGUGAUGCAGUCUGUCCAGCCCAAACCUCCUUAUAACCUGUGUGGCUAUUCCUUUGGGACCAGCGUUGCCAUAGAGAUAACACUGCAGUUGGAGAAACUUGGAGACGAUAUAGUUGAGUCUCUCUGUUUGUUGGAUGGGUCCCACAAGUUUGUGUCAUCCCAUAUUGGAACCUAUCGAGACAAGAUGGCAAUCCAGAGCCAGGAGCAGGCUGAGGUUGCUGUUCUCUGUGCAUUUGUUCAACAGUUUACCACUGAAGGUGUAAGCCAGCUUUCCCAAGAAAUAGAGAAACAAACAGACUUCAGUGGACGUCUAAAAAUUGUUGUGGAAAAAUUAUCAAAGUUAGACUUGUUCAAGAGUUCAGCUGACCUAGACAUAGCAGCUGAGGCCUUUUACCGGAGACUGAUGAUAUCUGACCAGUACAAACCCACAAAGAAAUUGCAUGGGAAUGUGACACUGGUGAAGGCAGGGGCUGGGGACAUGGGACCUCUGGAGCAGGACUAUGGACUCUCAGAGAUUUGCGAUGGUACAAUCAACAUCCACCAGGUAGAGGGAGACCACAACAGUUUUAUUGUUGGGGACGGCUCUAAGGUCACUGCUGGACAUAUUCUAUCAAUAUUCAAGAAAACUGCCUAAUAAGACAUCAAUAAUAAACUGCAGUUUUGAAUUUUGUGCAAUAAUUUCAUUGUAACUUGUGCUUUGGCAUUGAUUGUUGUGGAUCACAGAGAUAAAUGUAGAAUCAUAUCAAUCUCAUGGACUUCAUCUCGGUGAUGCAAAACUGCAUGGUGUUUGUGUCUAGCUCAUUUUAAAAGUUCUGUCAUAGGGCACACUGUUGAAAGUAAAACAAUGAAGAUUAAAGAGCUGAGUCAUAAAUAAGGGACAUUAUACAGCUAAUCUUGUAUAUGUUUUAUUUUAAACACUCAUUUCCCUGAUUAUCAUUCAAAAACAAAUAACAGUGUUGUAAACUAUCCAGCAAUCAUUCUUCUCUGAUAGUAGGUUACAUAGAUCCUUCUCCAUGACAACUUCGGACAUUUGCUGUUGAUUUGGACACUUACUCAACAAUGGUUGUAUGAUUGUUAAAAUGUUCUGAUGACUUCCAUUUUAGUUUUCAUCAGAUUGGAUUUUAGGUUUUUACAGAUGUACAGCAAUGACCUAUAGAUACUCGAGAUUUAUACCUAUUUGUCCAUUUGGAUUUUUAUGGUAUAUUCUGCCCUUGUUGAGGUGUCCAUACUAUUUUUAUAACAAUUUACCGGGUAUACAUUCCAACUUAUAUUUAAACAAUGUUUUUAUUAAAUAUUCAACAAUUUAACACAUAAUUAUGAUACUUAUGGGAUGUGAAAGCAAGCUUAGAGCUUAUAUCCUUGCAUUGAGUUACUUGUUUUGUUUUGAUACCUAUUUAAAAAGUAGUUAGGUAUAUAUUUUGAAAUUCCUGUUGAUGAUGUUUGAAGAUAUUAAGUUCAUGGAGCAGCAUUUUCUAGGGAUCAUUGGAUUGUAUUUACUGUUGAUAUGAAUAGGAGUGUUUUUUUUUUACUGUGAAUUUGGUAAUUACACUAUUUACGAUAUUUCACACUGGAGGGGUGUUUUUUAAUGUGAAUUUGGUAAUAACACUAUUUACAACAUUUCACGCUGGAGGGGUGUUUUUUACUGUGAAUUUGGUGAUAACGCUAUUACAAUAUUUCACACUGGAGGAGUGUUUUUUACUGUGAAUAUGGUAAUAACACGAUUACAACAUUUCACACUGGAUGGGUGUUUUUUACUGUGAAUUUGGUAAUAACACGAUUACAAUAUUUCACACUGGAGGGGUGUUUUUUACUGUGAAUAUGGUAACUUUAUUUAUUUGCAUUACACACAUCAUUUGUAUUACUUUUUAAAAGGAAUUUUUACUGUAAUAAAAACUAGUAAUUUGAUAAAGCAAGCUUGGAUGGACGUCCUCUAUAGAAAACAAAAUACUUCUAAUUGGUUGUGUUUCAUGAUAAGUUGGUCACCUUUUACAGUAUUAUCAUGAUUUCAUGAAAGUUAAGAUGGUAGAAACAUAGUGCAUGUACUAAAGUGCUAUUAGAUAGGAGUAGGUGUAGGUGUUCCUACAUUUCUAUUGAAUAGGAGUUCAUGUAGGUGAACCAGUACAAUUGAAUAGGAGACGAUGUAAGUGUACCUACAGUAUUGCAGUACUGCAAAACAAAUGUGAAUCUUCAUAAGAAAUGUAGGGAUUAUUGAUAUUGUGUAAAAUUAUCAUUAUACCACAAACAUACAGCAAAUAUGAGAUUUUAUGGGGUAUCAUAUUUUAAUGUUGACCUACUGCUGACUUCAUACUGUAUAAUGAUUUAAACCUGAAUGAUAUUUUACCAUUUUCAUAAUCUUUAUGAUUUAUGUAUGAUGGCUGUAGUUUGAAAUGAAAUGCGUGCUGACAUUUACUAUUGAUCAUAUUGGACAAUGUUAUAUGAUGUUGCUGGUAGUAAUAUUGAAUUGUAAUAUUUUGAAUAGCUAUAAAGACAUUCCAGUGAUGACUUUUUCAUGUUGUUCACCAAUACUGAGGAAAUCCAUUAUAUGAAGUUUGCUUGUGAGAUUAUGAUACAUUUGAUGUAUAGACAAUAUAAAAUGUCUACUGCAUUGUUGUGGGUAUUAUUUUGUAUAAGUUACUAUUGAUUCUAUUGUACU